AUGAGACCCAAGGCGUUGACCAGUGAACAAAGGAAAACGGUCGGGAGAGCAGAAGAGCGACUCACCGAAGCGGAUCAAGACCAACUGGCUCGACGAGAUGAUUCUAUCCGUCAUAGGCAUGUCACGAGGGUGACAUGGGAUAAUGAAUCCCAGGUGGAGGGACCAUCGAAAGGGAAAGGUCCAGACCCCCGGAAUUGGGGAGGGUUAGACCUUGAUGGUACAGAAUAUGAGCUAGAGGCUCAGAGGGCAGCGUUAGCUUCGUAUAAAGCAAUGAAGUCGGCAGGAGGGGACUUACCCAAUGUUUAUGAGGGAGUAUCCUCCAGACCAGAGUUGUCUCGACUUAACGAAGGGGGCAACGAGCCAAGCGACCUUCAACGAAUGGUCGAAGCGGCAGUACGAGCUGCCGAAGACUGUCUGAGGAAGGAGUAUGAGAUAAAACUCAAAGCGGUUAGUAGAAACAAGAGUUUUAAACCCCAGAAGGGGGUUGAACAUACCGAACCUGUCGAGGGAAGAGGGGCUGAUCCUGUGCGCAGAAUGAUCAAUAGGGUAGUGCAACCCUCGAAAGAACCCAGGGUAAGGAACCGCACCCCUCAAACGAUGGAGCCAGUGCACCAGGUGGCACCUGAGUCUUACAUUGGGAAGGCGCUGGGAAGGAUCGAUCUUGACGAUCCAGAUGACUCGUCGUCGUCAUCCUCAUCAUCAUCGAGUGAGUCAGAAUCGUCGGAGAGUACGAGCUCCUCGAGUGAAGAUGACCGUCCACCCAGGAAGAGAAAGACUUCUAAGAAACGAAGUAAGUCCAAGAAAUCAAAAAGGACUAAGACUACCUUGAAACCCAUCCCACCCACUGUGUAUGAUGGAACAAUAGAUUCCCGUGCUUACCAUAGGUUCAUUACAGAGGGCACCGUGUAUGUGGAGGACGGCAAGGUGAAAUCUGAAAAGAAGGUGUUCGUGCUCGCGCACUUCCUAAAGGGAAAAGCGCAUGAGUUUUACAUUAGAGAGGUAUCGGGAGACCCUUACCAAUGGCGCCUGAGGGGGUUCUUUACAGAACUCUUCAACUACUGCUUCCUGAUUAACUUUCGGAUGAAGCAGCGAGAGAAGUUGAAACACUGUUUUCAAAACGAUAAGUCAGUAAGAGACUAA